GAGGCGUGGCAGGAGAGUGAGCAAGAGAACGAGUAGAGUGAGCGAGCGAGCGAGAGAGAGAGAGUGAGAGAUAGGGGGGGGAGUGUAGAAAAGUAGGGGAAGGCUUUUUCGGCGGACACGCGGUCAGCCACGAUGUCACUUUGCAACGCGACGCCAAGCUAAUAGCUUCUGUUCCUUCCACCUUUCGUUUCGAGUAGGAAGGAUUUAUCCUCCGUUGUGUUUUCGGGUCAUGGUACGAGUCGUGAGAUGGAAGGACUUUGGUAGACGAUCGAAUCAGUGUAUCUUCGUCUAAACAGAUUUUUCACCUUGGCUCUAUUUGUUUUCUCAAUUUUUCUUUUCUUUUUUUUUCUCUCUUGGCUUUCCCUCUUCCUUUUCCUUUCUCUCUUUUCUUUUCGUCGAAUUAAUUAAUAUAAAUAAACUAUCAGUGUGCGGAUUAGAAUUAUAUAGAGAUAAAUUUAGAGAGGGAUUAAAAGAGAGAGAGAGAGAGAGAGAGAGAGAGAGAGAGAGAGAGAGAGGGAGAAUGCGUUAAAAUUUGAUCAAGUAAAGAAUAUGGCAGCGAUGCAUUACAACGCUCAAGUCGUGUCUGAGGAUUUGCAUCAACAUCCUAGACAUCUUUACGGGAUACAACAGAGACUUCAAGAUACAGGAGAUCCAUCUUCUCCGAGAUCGGAAGAGGCGAGAUCACCGAUCGAAUCUAGAGUAAGAUCGCCCGAGGAGAUUCGUUUCGUUAAUACGAGAUCACCGGAUAUAGAGGAUAGAACCCAUACCGUUAGAUAUCAAGAGGAAAUAUGUGGGAAACGAUACUCCAAGGAACAUUCCAGUCAGAAUUUCUUUCAGGGAGAAGAGAGUAAUAACGUUACGCCGAGAAAGUGUUUCGGGGAUAACGAUAUGGUUAAUGUCGUUAAUGUUAACAAUCGUUGUAGAGAGUCGGGUACGUCGCCCGGUAGGACUACGUCGCCUCAAGGAUAUACAUUGAACUCACCGGGACAACAAAAUAAUUCUGGUAAAACGUCAUUUUGCAUCGACGCAUUGCUAGGCCGUGCCACGGGAAAACAUAACAACGAUAACGACGAUCAGGACCGACAGAAAUUCUUUACGAGGGUUCAUAACGUUCAGGAUUCAUUGAAUUUGAUAAAUAAUGUUCAAUCGCAGGAACGCCAGUCGCCAUGUUCGUUAAGACGUAACGAGGAUCAAAGAACUGGAUCUCUUGGUAAUCCUUUACAUCCGUUCGUUCAACAUCCGAGAUCUAUAACACCGACGGCUAUCGUCGAUUCUCACGAGGGCCAAACUACGCGGGACAAUUUUCUAACCGGUAUACACGGUGAUACGAAUGUACAGAUACCACGUGGCACGACGAUCGGUACUGUAUAUAGAAAUGAUCGUUUGGUGGAAAAUGUCGAGGAUGACGUAUCGGUAGACGUCGAUCCUAACAGGACAACGGGCAGUACAAGUCCUGGUAGCAAUGGUAGCCGUAGCCCGGCAUCAAGUCCACCGAUAUCACCUGGUUCCGAGGAAAUUACGAGUAACGGUGUCAUUGGACAUCAAGGUCUACCAACCGGACCAUAUGCCGUCGGUACAGGUACAGUGGUCAGACAGAAUCAAGGACUCUUGUUACAUCCUGGAGGACCUCUCAUUCAUCCCGGGGGAUUGUACUAUCAUCCGGCCGGUGGUAGCGCUUUUCACUCGAUACACAAGGAGGGUCAACCGGUGGGACAUCCUCAAUCGGCCGGCCCACAUCCUCAACAACAUCACAUUCAUCAACUUCAACUCGAGUGGUUAGCCAGAACUGGAAUGUUGUAUCCCAGAUUACCCGCUGACUUAGCCGGUUGUGCGGCUCAACACGCGUUACUUGGUAAAACGAGAAGACCUAGGACAGCAUUCACGUCCCAACAACUUCUCGAAUUGGAAAAGCAAUUUCGUCAGAACAAGUAUCUGAGCAGACCGAAGAGGUUCGAAGUAGCGACGUCGUUGAUGCUGACCGAAACUCAGGUGAAGAUCUGGUUCCAAAAUCGACGAAUGAAAUGGAAGAGAAGUAAGAAAGCACAACAGGAGGCACGUGCUAGCGGGAAACUAGAGGAUGCCGGUAAUGCGAAGAAUUCCGAGAGAGAUAAUACCGGAAGUGACGUAUCGGUAACAGCACCGUGCACACCGGAAGAACCCAGGGGAACUUUGCAAGAAACUCAAAGAAAUUCGACCGAACUUCAGGAACCUCUUUAUCGGCCUUACGUCGUUUAAAUAUCUUUUUCGAUUUGGAUAAAAAAAAAAGAAAAAAGAAAAAAAGAAAA